CUGCAUGUUCUGCACAUGUACCCCAGAACUUAAAGUAUACUAAUAAAAAAAUAGAAUAUGGCAUAAAUUAUGAUAGUCAUACAUGAAUCUUUGAACACUAGGAAACAUUGUUUUUAUGGAAAAGAUUUAUUUUUUAAUAUCAAAUUCCCCAAUUUCAGGUAUUGCCUAGAUGAAGAGAGAGAGUUUGCAAAGCUGACUUCAAAUUAUGCCAUGUGGACAGCUCUAUGCUUCUUGAGAAGCCUAGCAGGGCUUUGCAGCAAGUUGGAUGUAGCCAUAGGAAGAGCUGAGUGUGAAGUGAAUAGACUAUUCCUUUCUUUCCCAAUAAUAAGGAACUGGAAGAUAAGUCAUUAUUUUUCGAUGAAUUAGCAGUGUGCAUGGUAAUUUCAGUGUCUGAUGACUACCUUCUCUUCUAAUUGAUGGGGAAGUACCCUUUUCCAUAGCCCUAGGAACACAUCAUUGAAGUUUGGUUCGUCAUAAAUCUGCUUUAUAGUAUUAUCAGUUUUUUCAAAUUUAAAAAAUGUGACCAUGUAUGCUUCUUCCCUUCUUUGUGUGUCCAGGAUUCACCCAAAAUGAGGACUUCCCUGCAGGCCGUGGCACUCUGGGGACAGAAGGCCCCUCCCCACAGCAUCACUGCCAUCAUGAUCACUGAUGACCAGAGAACAAUUGUGACUGGAAGUCAAGAGGGUCAGCUCUGUCUCUGGAAUCUCUCACAUGAACUAAGGAUUUCAGCAAAAGAACUCCUAUUUGGUCAUUCAGCUUCAGUAACAUGUUUGGCAAAAGCAAGAGACUUUUCUAAACAGCCCUAUGUCAUUAGUGCUGCUGAAAACGGGGAGAUGUGUGUUUGGAAUGUCACCAAUGGGCAGUGCGUGAAGAAGGCUACACUUCCUUACAGGCACACUGCAAUCUGUGUAAGUACGCUCACUUCCUCCAGAGCAUUUCUGGAUUCUGCAACUUGUUUAGGGCAUUUGCUAAUACACUUCUAAAGAAGUAUCUUUGGAGAAUAUUCUUUUCUUGAAUUUUUAUUUUGUCAU